GAUGUAAAAGACACAUUUGUCCGUAAUAGUAAUAGAAGUCAACAAGCUGCAGCUUCUCCGAGCAUCGAUCGAUCGAUCGCUUUCCGUAUCAGCAUCACCGUAAAACAAUCAUGGCGUCUCUCCGGUUCCUUCCACCACCACAAUCACAAAACCUAAAUUCAUUAUCAACUGAUUUCGUCAAUCGCCGCGUUUCCUAUCCUCAACAACAACUCAACUUCACAAAAAUCACUGCUCUCACAAAUUCUGACUCUUCUUCACCCUUACUUGAUUCUAAAACUCAAGUAUUAGAUGUUGUUCCUCUUUUAUCUUCCUCUGAGGCCUAUGAAAGGUUGAAAACAUUCAGAGAAAAGAUAAAGGGAAAGCAGCAAUAUCUUGCCAUGUAUUCUAGUAUUUUUGGUGGGAUAACAACUGACCCUGCAGUUAUGGUUAUUCCUAUGGAUGACCACAUGGUCCAUAGGGGCCAUGGUGUCUUUGAUACUGCGGCAAUAAUGGACGGAUAUCUGUGUUCCCUAGAUCAACACCUUGACCGCUUUUUAAAUUCGGCAUUGAGGUCUAAAAUAGAUCCCCCGUUUGAUCGUGAAAAUAUACGAAGGAUUCUCAUACAAACUGUGAGUGCUUCCAAAUGUAGAAAUGGAUCACUAAGAUACUGGUUAUCAGCAGGACCUGGUGAUUUUCAGCUCUCUCCCUCUGGCGGCCAUGAGUCAGCACUUUAUGCAAUUGUAAUAAAGGACCUGUCACCGGCAGUUGUGACACCUGAGUCCAGGGGAGUUAAAGUCAUCACUUCAUCUAUUCCAAUAAAACAUCCCAUGUUUGCAGUCACUAAGAGUGUGAAUUACCUUCCAAAUGUGCUCUCGAAGAUGGAGGCGGAAGAAGCUGGUGCUUUUGUAGGCAUUUGGCUUGACAAUGAAGGUUUUGUUGCUGAAGGGCCUAGUAUGAAUGUGGCUUUUGUCAAUAAAGAGAAGGAACUUAUAAUGCCUCACUUUGACAAAAUUCUAAGUGGUUGUACAGCUAAGAGAGUUUUAGCCCUUGCUGAGUGUUUGUUGAAGCAGGGUAAGCUUACAGGGAUAAGGGUGAAAAAUGUAACCGUUGAAGAAGGGAAGGAAGCAGAUGAAAUGAUGCUUAUUGGCAGUGGAGUUCUUGUUUGCCCUGUAGUGCAGUGGGAUGAGCAGGUUAUUGGAGAUGGCAAAGAAGGCCACAUAACACAGGCUCUCUUCGAUCUAAUUGUUGAGGACAUGAAAUCAGGCCCCCCUAUUGUUCGGACACUCGUUCCAUAUUGACGCAACUUUAUUUCCUUCUCAACAUAUGUUCCAUAUUGACGCAACUUUAUUUCCUUUUCAACAUAUGAUUAUGAACAUUCAUAAGUAGUUUUGAUCCUCCAAAAGUACCUACUCCAGAAGCUGACGGGUAGUAACUAUACUGCUCAUUGGUUUGUAAAGCAUGGAAUGUUGUAACUAGUAAGAAUAUGUAUAUAAGUGAUCUUAGAUCUGUUUGGUGUAACAAAAAAUAACCUGAGGGGAGUGGUUAGAAAUUAUGUUCUAACCAUUUUUUUAGAAAGUCUAAAACAGUCAUCGAUUGACUGCGUUUAGGUUACUGUUUUGCUACAAAUGCCUCAAACCAGAAAAAUCACUUAAUGUAUGAUAUUAAACUUAUUUUCACAUAUUAUAGGUGGAUGCUAAGGCUUGGGUUCAGAUUCUAA